AUGUUUCCAAUAUCAUCAACCCAAGUAGCAGGUGGCAAUUAUGGAGGUGACAGUUACGGAAGUAAUGUUGAAUAUCCACGUUGCUGCGAUUUAUGCACUCGAGAUGUGAGAAAAUUUUCUAAUCGUUUCGAAUUUGCUCAACAUCUGCGGGCUAUGCAUUGCACAAAGGAAGGUGGAUCGUUUAUAUGUCGUUAUGGGCCAAAUAGAGUUUGUCAAACAUUACCUUUAGAAGGUGUUUCUGAUCACGAUUACGAAGUUCAUAUCCGGAAAUGUCAUGCCAAUUUUAGUGAGUGA